AUGACGGCUAUAAAAAAGUACGACAUAUCUCCUGACCAUUUAAAGAAACCAUUAGAAGAUCACUUGCGUAAUUUGCCGAAAGUAGUUCUAAAGCGGGCUACACAACGCGAAGGUCUUAUAAGAGCCAGGAUACGAGCUACAAAAGAUGUAACUACUCCUGUCGUUAUAUUUCUCGACAGUCAUUGUGAAUGUACAAUAGGUUGGCUUGAACCACUUUUAGAUAGUAUAGCACAAGAUCCAACAACCGUAACAAGUCCAAUGGUGGAUGACAUUCACGAUUCCACAUUCGAAUACAUGGCUCAGAAUACAAACGAAAUCUUCCUAGGUGGAUUCAACUGGGAAUUGAAAUUCAAAUGGAAACCUGUACCUCACGAUAUCUUAGCUAAAAGAGAUCAACCAGCAGCACCAAUAAAAACUCCAACUAUAUCCGGUGGACUGUUUGCUAUAAACAAAGAUUUCUUUAGGAAACUAGGUUAUUACGACGAAGGUUUUGAUAUAUGGGGUGCUGAAAAUCUGGAGUUGUCUUUCAAAACUUGGAUGUGCGGUGGUUCUUUAGAAAUAAUACCCUGCUCCCAUGUAGGGCACGUUUUUAGGAAGAGAAUUCCUUAUACGGGGCAAAAUGGUGCCGUAAGAAGAAAUUGCAUGAGGUUGGCCGAGGUAUGGAUGGAUGAAUACGCACAAUAUUUUUAUGAUACCAUAGGAAAGGAUAAAACUAAUUUUGGAAAUGUUUCUCAUCGUAUCCAAUUGCGGAAUAAGCUUAACUGCAAAUCAUUUCAGUGGUAUUUGGAGAAUAUUUAUCCACAGUUGGAGUUGCCUGACAACUAUGUUGCCAGUGGUCAGGUAUAA